AGUGCGGGGCGGGGCGGUGCGGACUCGCGGCGCGGCCUCGCUCCCUUUGUGCGGCCGGGCCGGGAGCCGCCCCCCCUCGGGCGGCGUGAAAAGUUUGUGCGAGUGCCGGGCCGGUGCGCUCGGCUCGAAGCAGCACCGCGCCGCGGGCAGCCCCGCCAUGUCUGACAGCGACCUCGGAGAGGACGACGGCGCCGCGGCUCUGGACCCGUCGCAGUCGAACAAGAGGAAGAGAAGGGGCAACCUGCCCAAGGAGUCCGUGCGGAUCCUGCGGGAGUGGCUGUACGAGCACCGCUUCAACGCGUACCCCUCGGAGCAGGAGAAGCUCAGCCUCUCGGGGCAGACCAGCCUCUCCGUGCUGCAGAUCUGCAACUGGUUCAUCAACGCCCGGCGGCGGCUGCUCCCUGACAUGCUGCGCAAGGAUGGGAAGGACCCCAACCAGUUCACCAUCUCUCGCCGAGGGGGCAAAGCCGGCGACAUGACCCUGCCACGGGGGGCCGCCACUGGCUCCGGCGUGCUGGUGGUUCCUCCCGUGACAGCAGCGGGGGCUGCCAAAGUGCUGCCAAUAUCCGUAUGCCCGCAGGUACUGUGCCAUCCUGCCCAGGCGCUGGGUGGCAACCUGACGGUGCUGGGUGCCCGCAGCCCUGAGCGGGAGAAGCAGCCCGGCCUGCAGCGAGUGGAGCCAGACCCCCACCCCAAAGCUCUGCUGGGUGCCGCCGGCAGCACCGUGGCCCUGCUGGCGCGUGCCGAAGCAGCCAGCCCCACCAGCGGACUCUUCAACACGCCGCCCCCCACGCCUCCCGAGCUCUUUGGUGACGACUUCAGCAGCUUCCAGCUGCUGGUGGAGGUGGCACUGCAGAAGGCGGCCGAGCUGGAAUCGCAGCGGCAGGGCGGGCAGCUGCCCCUCUCACCUCAGACUGAGCCCCCGGGCGCCUCUGUCAACAAAUAGCCCCCAGUGCGGGUCCUGCGGGGUGCCCUUCCCCGGGGGCGCCCAACCUCCAGCCUUCUGCCACCCACGGGACCCUUUUCUCUGGCCUCAGGAGCCUGCGACCUCCUGCACCCUCUCACAGCUCAUCUCAGAAACAGACCUGUGCAUCCCCAUACCUCCGCUGACCAAGGGGGUGAAGAGAGGAAGGGCUGUUCUGCCCCAUCCUGGGGAAUGCCUGCCGCCACGGAGCUCCUGCUGGGGACGGGGCCCUGGGCAGGUGGAAGCAGACCUGUGUGGCAGAGACCUCUCCUUGCCGUGACCCAUGGUCGCUGUGCGAAGCCACAGAACUCCCUCGGAAAACCUGCUGACUUCUUUUUCUCAUUCCUGGAAACAAGGGUCCAGCCAACACCACUUCUUCAGGGAGAGGAAGAGAGAAUAUAUGUAUUUUUAAAGUUUGUGUCUGUUUUAAGGAUUGUGGAUGGAAUUCUUUUUCUCCCACAUGUCUCUGAUCCUUUUUGUACCUUUCUCCAGUUUUUGCAGAGGGCCACAGCAGUGCCUGGUGCUGGCCAGGAGCCACAUCCUGCCUGGAGAAGGCUGGGGGACGGGCGAACUGGAAACUUGAAACUGUGGCAAAUGCAGGACCCUCAUCUUCUGCCUUAGGGUGUGACAGAUAAUGCCAGUACAAAUCUCGAUGGUGCUGUUUAGCAGUUUUGUUUUUUUUUAUAUAAUUAUUUUUGUUGCUGUUGAAGCCUUUUCCCUUUAAUUAUGAUUCAUGUUUUUUGUUUGUUUGUUUUUUUUUUAAUUUUAAAUUUCUUCAACAAAUGUUUCCGCGAUUUCCCCGCGUUCCUCACAUGUUCCUGCUGAAGAUGUGCACAGUGUCCUGGAGCAGAGAGCAUGCUGCACAGCCUGAGGAGCACCGGCUGCAGGCUGCUGCGGGGGGCGGACGCAAAGCCAACUGUGAAAUUUUUGUAUCCAAGGUUUUUGUUUGUAAUUUAAUUUUUUAAACUUUUUUUUUUUUUUUUUUCAAAUAACAUUUAGAAAGGGGCGUGUGGUGAGCAUGGGCAGCCUGUGCGUUCCUCUGCAGCUGCACUGCUCACUGUGCACCGCUGCCCCUGAAAGCAGUCAAAUGCUGGUGAAACGCAGCCGUGGGGGGGGCUGAGUCCUGCUGCUCCCCACUGCCCCCACAGCCCUCCAGCAGCACAGCGGGUGCUGGUGACUUCCAGCAUCAGCUGGUGCCUGGGGGAGCCCUGGCACAGCAGAGCUUGCUGGGCUGGGGCUGUUCUGGGUCAUGGGCACCUGCCGGGCAUGGCUUUCUGUGCUGGAUUGAGAGCCUGGGCACUGCAGGGGUCCUGGAACUGAGCUGUCGCUGUUUCACUGUAAAUUGAAGUUAAAUAGUGAUACGUACACACCUAUGUUAUCUAUCCUGAAAAACACUAAUUGUAGGUUAUUAGCCUGAUGUUAAGUUGCAUGACUAGAGAUAAUGUCCACAGAACCUGGUGCUCUGCAGAAGAUGGAGCCUGGGGAGAGCACUGGCUCGGGGGGCUGUUUUUCUUCCUCUUUUCUUGUUUAGAGGAAAGGUGACAGGGGAGGAAGGAGAGCUCCCAAGCGCUGAGGGGCUGGGGACAGUUUGCCAGCAGUGCAUUGCAUUGGCUGAUUGCCCUUCUGCAGUGGAGGGCCAAGCAUCAAUGGUCCCCAGCCAGGCAGGGGCACCAGUGCAGCGCUGCGGGGCUGAUGCUCACCAUGCAGUUCCAAGCAUCGCCUUGCUCAGCUCCCUGGGCUCUGGUUCUGUCCAGCUUUUGCCCUGUCCCUCCUUUCUGGGGAAAGCCCUGAACUUUAGGACAGCCUUUCCUUAUUUGUAGGUUGCCCUUCUCCCUAGUGCUGUCCCCCUUGGCAGGGAGAGGCUUUUCCCUCAUCUCCCCUUAUUUUUGCCUCAGUCAAACCAAAGUGGGGACGAGCAGUGCUGCUGCACUGGUGGCAGGAGCGCUGCAGCUGUGCCCGUGAGAUGGAUUGGUAUUGAUGGAAUGGUAUUGCUACCCUGGGGAUGGACCAGAAAGAAUCUGCAGGGUUGGGGGGGAGAGGGGUGGGAUUUUUGGAAUUAAAGUUUGGAGCAAAAAACUACUGUAAAUAUCUUCUUGUUUGUUCUUCUGUUGUCAAAUAAAAGUUUUUGUUUUGUUUCUUUUUUAAAUACGAGAUCUGAGUCAGGCUGUGUUAUGUCACACUUGCUCCUCCCUCACCUCAUUACAAAACAUGCUGACGUGCCGCAGUGCCAGCCCCCAGCUCCUGACACUCAGCCAAAGUAGCUUAAGAGGUCUAAGAACCACUGCUGGGUGAGGGAAAAAAGGGGCCUGUGCCUGGCACCAGCCUGCACCUACCCCAUUUGGUCUGGCCAUGAGCAGGCCAUUACCUGCUUAUUGCCACAGCACUGGGUCCUGAUGUCUGCAAGCAGAGAGCACCCUCCUCUGCCCGGCCUGGAUCAGAGAAGUUGGACAACAACACUGUUAGACCUUUACUGAUGGGGAAAAAAUGAUAAAGAGUUCAUGUAUUGACCCUGCCUGAUGCUCAGGUGACAUGCAAGGCUGACCCCAGUGCAGCAAGUCUUGCUCCUUCACGUGCAGCUGUGACGCAGUCCCAAAGGUAGCAGCAGCAGCAGCAGUAGCACAGAACCACCGCCCUGGGCACUGGGACAGGGCUGGGUGCUGAGCAGAGCUUCCCAGCCUGGGGCAGAUGGUGGUGGUGUGCACAGUGGUACUCCAUCUGCUUCCAAUGUUCACACCCUGCACCGCAGUCCUGAUGGUUCCUGCUGCCCUAUCCUGUGCCCCAGGCCCUAGGCAGGGGCCAUAGAAGGAUGUAAGCCCCUAGUCCCCUUCAGAGCCUCACUCCUGCAGCUCCAAGGAUGCCUUUUGGCAACUCUGGGGAAAGGAACAGCAAUGAUUGACCCCACCUUGUGCCUUCUGCUGCUGACUUCUGUUCUUGAUGAUGGGUGUGGGCUGCGGUACCCCGGAGGCAGGGAGGUAGCGAAGGACUGAGCUAGCACACAAACAGGGCCAACAGCCCAGCAUAGGGAAAACUGUGCAGUAAUGAGGAUUGUGGCAGAUUAAAACACAGCUGGUGCUCUCCCACCCAGCUCUGCCUGCCUCUCCAGCAGCCCCAAGAGACACCUCAGGCUCCCUGAGCCCCAAGCUGGGCUCUGGGCUCCCCUCACAGCUUGGGCAGGAUUUGGGCAGAGCCUUGGGGACCUGCAUUCAGCCCUGCUGGGAUGGGGUCACCAGACUUCAGCAGAGCUUGGGCUCCUCAACACCUUCCCUGUAAAGAUACAAUGGGAAGGUACAAGAGGCUGGGCACUGGGGCAGCAGAGGCUGUUAUCUGCCUCUGAACCCAGCCGCAGGGCUUGGCUCUGCUCCGCCACUGCCCAUCACCUGCUCUCCUAUGCAGGAAGAGGAGGGCAAGAAGCCAUGAAAAUGAGCAGCAGAGAUGGCAACAGCCCUCACCUCUGUCCUACAAGGCAAGAAGUGUGGAUUUGUGCUCCUUGGAGGGGUCCUACCUCCCGGCCCCAGCCACCCUCUGUUCUCCAUCUAGCUAAAAAAACGCCCCAUUAACACAGUGCUUUCAUGCCACAUGUGACGUCACCACUACCCUGAGAAGAUACACGUGGUGGGGAGGCCUGGGCCAGGCUCCCAGGUGAAUGCAGCCCCCAUGGCUGGGGCAAAGGGGCACAGCAAGGUGGCAUGCUCCACAGCAGUGCAAUCAGAGGGUCAAACUACAGGUGGUGUCACCAUCUCAGCAGCACUGCAAACUGCUCCAUUGCUGCUGUGCUGCUCUCACCGGCUCACCUCCCGGUACUCCCCCAGCUAGGAGCUGUGCACUGCCACAGCGUCAGAGUUCUGCAGGGUGCUCGGUAUGCUCGACUUCUGCUAAGGGCACUGCUGGUGUCAGGGGAAUCCCACAGCCAUCCCAGCUGACACAUACAUUAUUUACAGGAAAACUGGCGCGGCAGAGCUGAUUCCAAGUAAGUUUGACCAAAGCACAGCUGACACAAGGGCAGCCCUCAUUUAAAACAACAGCCGCGGAGAUUCGCACGAGGUCAGGAAAGAAAGGCGACCUGGCGCCCGGACGUGGGCACAACGUGCCUGUCCCGUGCUGCGGUGAUGCACGAAGACUCUCUGCCGGGCGGCGCGCACCGCUCGGUCAGACGCGGGGCAGCGGCUGAGCGGGAGACUCCGCCAGGCAGCACCCGGGCUGGGGAAGACGGCUGUGGGAGGAGGCUGAGGCCCCGGCAGGCGGGCACGUCUCCACCCGCGCCCCACGCUCCUGACCCUCAGUACCCCGUUCCCCAGUACGCGCCCCGGAGAAGCAUCGACGCAGCGCUGCCCGCGGGGCUCGCAGCCGGCCGACCUGAGGGAGCCGCGCCGUGACUGCCCGCGAGCACAAGGAGAAGCAGCGACUGCCACACCAC